GCUACCGGUGCCGCGAUUUGAAGCGCGGCGGGAAGGCGGCGGCUGCCCCGCCCCGGGCUCCCGGCGGCUCCUGGGCUGUGCGGGGCUGGUGAGGUGCUGAGGCAAAGAAAGCAGGUUUGCAUCCAGGAGGGUUGUUCAGUAGCUCCAUCCCCAACUACAUGUCCGGCAGCCUCAGUAGCUCCAUCCCCCCAGCUGCACAUCCAGCACCACAGAGCAACCAUCCUGCAGAAUGUCCUCCAAGAAGAAGAAGGUAAAGGGAAAUCAUUCCGGUAAUGAACUGAAGGAACGCAAAGCCAACUCCCAUCCUCGCUGGAAAUUGCUUCCAGUUGAGGAACCAGAUGUCUCAAGGAUAUCGAAGGUUGCGGAAACAAAUCAACUUGAGGAGCUUGAUUCUUUUGAUCACCCUUUGCACAGCACUGCUGUGGAUGCUUAUGGAGAGGAACAGUCACAAAAUGGAUCACUUGGCCAUGUUUCACCUCCACAAAUGAAAACUACAAAAAGAAGUGAAAAAGCACAUUGCUCAAAAAGAUCUGGUGGUGAUGCUCAGAAAUUCAGCACAGCUGGUCCUGAAGACGAGUGCCUUGAGGAGAAUGUGGAGGCUCUGAAUACCACUCGACUCCAGGCCAAAAAGAAGAAGCGACCUUUAGAGAACACCACGUCAGAUCCUUCUGUGAAUAGGCUGUAUUCUGUACAGCUUUGGUGUUCUGAAGAGCUGAAGAGAUCUCCCAGAGAUAUUACAGAACUGGAUGUUGUUCUGGAUGAAUUUGAGAAGAUAGCAGCGGAUUACAGACAAAGGAUAGACUCAAAUGUUUGCAGAAAAGCUAUCGAUGGCUUCUGUUCUGCUUUCAAGGACCAAAUCACCACUCUUAUAGUGGAAGCCCAGGAAUUAAAGAAUAUGAAGAAAAAAAAUGCUAAGGUAAUGACAGACAUCAGAAAGAAAAGGCAGCAACUGUUGCAACUCAGAGAAAAGCUAAUGGGAGCUGAACCACAACUGAUAAAACUGCAAAGAGAAUAUGCUGAGGUACAAGAAAGGAAAUCUUCCUUGAAGCAAGUGACUGAAUUACUUACCAAUUUAAAGGAGCUACAGCAAGACUGUUUGGAUUACAAAGAAGAAAACCCAACAGAAAAAGUGGUAUACGGAGUUUCCAGCCUACCUGCUCUUCUGGUGGAGUCGCGGAGAAUCCUAGGAGCAGAAAGACACUUUCAGAAUAUUAAUAAGAAAUUGGAAGCGGCUCUGGCUGUACAAAGAGGGAAGUUAUCAAAGAAACAUUAAGUGUUUUUUAACAGACUUUUUGACAUUCGUUACAACAAUUAUUAGAAUGGGCAGUGCUUAAAAGCUUAAGCGCUGUUUCUUUAGGUUGCUUCAGUGUUUAAGUCAUUGACUUCUUUAAUCAGAUUGUAUCUUUCUAUUGUCAAAAAGUCUGUGUGAGAACUUACGCAGAAUGUC